AUGGGUCCACAGCCGCUGGAACCCGCUGGGGGCCAUCCCACCUUGCUUGGUUUUGCCCUCCACCACGAACCACGAACCAUCACCCAUCUCGCGGCCGUCGAAACGGGAACGCAGGCCAAACCACCGGACCACGUCGACAUCGAGGUCUUGCGCCGGGCAUUCCUUUCACACAACCCUCGCUCCCUCAUCCUCGUACAUCGCCGGCGUCGCAACUCGUGCGACACGUCGCGCACAGGCACCAUGGCGCGUGUCUACGCAGAUGUCAACCAGAAUAUGCCCCGCAGCUACUGGGACUACGACAGUGUUAACAUCAGCUGGGGGGUCCUAGAGAACUACGAGGUCGUGAGAAAGAUUGGUCGCGGCAAAUAUUCCGAAGUCUUCGAGGGCAUUAACGUUGUCAACUAUCAGAAAUGCGUCGUCAAAGUGCUCAAGCCCGUCAAGAAGAAGAAGAUCAAGCGCGAGAUCAAGAUUCUGCAGAACUUGGCUGGUGGCCCCAACGUGGUGGCUCUGUUGGACGUCGUUAGAGACUCACAGAGCAAGACACCGUCUCUGAUUUUCGAGUACGUUAACAACAUCGAUUUCCGCAGCCUGUAUCCCAAGUUCAACGACCUCGAUGUGCGGUUCUACAUUCACGAAUUGUUGAAGGCGUUGGACUUUUGCCACAGCAAGGGAAUCAUGCACAGAGACGUAAAGCCUCAUAACGUUAUGAUCGAUCAUGAAAACAGAAAAUUGCGUCUUAUUGAUUGGGGCUUGGCCGAAUUCUAUCACCCUGGGACCGAAUAUAAUGUUCGUGUCGCGUCACGCUACUUUAAGGGCCCUGAACUAUUGGUCGACUUCCAGGAGUACGACUAUAGCCUUGAUAUGUGGAGUCUGGGGGCCAUGUUUGCCUCUAUGAUCUUCCGCAAAGAGCCCUUCUUUCACGGAAACAGUAACGCUGACCAGCUGGUCAAAAUUGCCAAGGUUCUCGGAACCGAUGAGCUUUUCGACUACCUUGACAAGUACGAGAUUGAGUUGGAUUCACAGUACGACGACAUCCUCGGCCGGUUCCAAAAGAAACCUUGGCACAGCUUCGUGACGUCCGAGAACCAGCGUUUUGUCUCUAACGAAGCCAUCGACUUCCUCGAUAAGCUGUUGCGAUAUGACCACCAAGAACGGCUCACCGCAAAGGAGGCUCAAGCGCACCCUUACUUCGAUCCAGUCCGGGAUCCCGAAGUCUUCAAGCAGAAUUUGGCUAACCCGGGUUCUAAUGGCACAUACAAAUCUUGA